GUCAAGGAUGAAGGCUAGACUACACUGUGUGGUCGUGGCCCUGCUGCUGUUGAUGGGGAGCUCUAGGUUUGGAGAAGGGACUUCCAAUCCUGGAAUUGUGGUCCAGAUCACCAGGAAAGGCCUGGAAUAUGCCCACCAGUAUGCAAUUGCCAUCUUGAAGAAGGAGUUGUCUACCAUCACAGUGCCCAGCCUCUCAGGACGCUCCAGGAUACGUUGGAUUGGGUCAGUCAGCUAUGAUUUUUACAGCUUGCACAUUGAUCACUUGGUGCUCCAGAACUCAGAGCUGAGUCUACUUCCAAAGCAAGGGCUCAGAGCAUCCCUGUCCAAUAACUACAUGUCCAUGAGCGGGAACUGGAAGGUGAAGAAGGCAUUCAUCACCCUCCGGGGCACCUUUGAUCUCUCAAUGGAUGGCAUUUCUAUCUCCGUUUCUCUGAACUUGGGCAAGGACCAGUCUGGACGCCCCACUGUCUCUGUGACCCACUGCAGCAAUUCCAUUGGCCACGUCAGAGUUCGCUUUUCUGGAAGCUUAAGUUGGAUUAUAAACCUCUUCCAUCAAAAAAUUGAAAACAACAUCAAAAGAAACUUGGAGCAAAAGAUCUGCGAGAUGGUCAGGAAGUCAGCGGCCUCGAACCUGAACCCCUAUCUCCAGAGUCUGCCAGUCACCACGACAAUUGACCAGGUUUCUGGUAUUGACUACAGCUUGGUAGAAAAUCCCCAAGUGACAGCUAAUAACCUGAAUGUGUUCUUUAAGGGUGAAUUCUUCAGCCAAAGCCAUCGCUCCCCAGCCCCCUUUGAGGCCCCAGCCCUGACGUUACCCCAACAGUAUGAGCGCAUGGUUUACUUCGUGGUCUCUGAAUAUGUCUUUAACACAGCCAGCAGAGUGUAUUAUCAGGCUGGCCUCAUGAAGGUCACCAUCACAAAUGAGCACCUGAAGAGCCUGACAACGCUAGCUGCCAAGGAGUCGGCCAAACAAUGGCGAAAACAGAAUGGGAAGCCAAACUGUGGGAGCUCAGGAUCCACUCCUCUGACAACAAUGGUGCUCUGCUACUCCAGCAACUUCCUGCUUCCCCUGCUGCAAGGGAACAUCCUGCAACUGAACACUAACACACUGCAGGCCCUGGUUCCUCAGCUGUCCAAGUUGUACCGUAACAUGCAAGUCGAGCUUGAGGUGUCACCAGAAUCAGAGCCACUCCCGAUGUUCACCCCUGGGAACGUGACCCUCACACCUGUCAUGAACAUCCAAGCCUUUGCCCUCCUGCCCAACUCCACGGAACGCCAGACACUCUUCCAGCUCAGGGUGAAAACUAAUGUCUCCAUCAGCAUAAGCAUGAAGUCCAAUAGGAUCAUUGGUUCAGUGACCGAAGGAAGCAAACUGGAACUGGAACUAAAACACUCCAACGUCAGUUACAUCAACAUGGAGUUGAUGGAUGCAAUCUUGAAUUACCACACACUCAACACCAUAUAUCCCUCCCUCAAUGCAAAGCUUGAGGAGGGUUUUCCACUCCCUCUUCCACGCAACACCUUCCUCAAGAACAUGGAGCUCCAGAUUCACAAGAACUUCUUGCUGUUAGGUGCUGACAUCAUCUAUGCCAAAGACUACCUGUGACGGGAUGAGCAAUCAUCACAGGUGGACGUGCUCUUGUUUGACCCAUGCAUGCGUUGGCUACUCUGCCUCCUCUAGCAGAGGGAACUACAUCUGAAGAUACCUGAUCGGGUGACAACUUCCCAACCAUUCUCCUUUCUUAAAGUCCUUCUCACGGCCCGCAGUCUCCUGGAUUGACCCUGGGGAGAACAACUUGUCUUCCAUUCUUAUUAAUUUGGUAAUUCCUAUGAAGGAAGAAAAGCACAGCAGUGGCCAUGCACCAUAGUUCACAGCUGCCUGCUCAUUAAACCUGGAGAUCUGUGUAGUUGCAUAACUCAUUCAGUGUCAUAGAACGAUGACUAAUGGGUUCAAAGCCUCCUUG